UUCUGCACCCUGUCUCCACUUACAGAGUGACAUCACUGGAGUUUCCCUUCUGCUGAAGCAGCUGCCACAGCAUAAAUACUACAAGCUCUUUGGCAGACAUUCACUCCAACACAAUAGCAAACACAAAAGAGAGAAGUAGCAGCACAGAGCAUCCAGCUGCGGCUCUAUAGUUUGAAGUGAAUUCUAACCUGAGAGCUGUGAAGACUUGAGAGUUGUGCAAAUGAUGGUGGCCUACACAACCCCACCAGGUGAUGUGGAGAUGGCUCUGGAGGAGAGGACAGUGGUCUUGGUGGAGAAGAAAUCAUCUACAGGAUGGAUGUGGAAGUUGUUCGGGGCCCUUCUCAUUGUGGCCCUUUGUUUCGGGGGUGUCCUGCUGUUUGCUUGGUAUUGGAAUGGCCGGCCGGAAAUGAAGAUACUAUCAGGCCAAAAAGAAGCACACACUACGAUGGACACAUCUGAGAAUACAGAUCACCACGACGCCCUGAAGAGAAUCGGCAGCAAUGCAAAGGCAGCAAUCCACUUAGAGGGCAGCUACGAUGAGGAUGACCGGACAAAUCAAGUUGAGUGGAAGAACGGUCAAGGUCAGGCGUUCGCUCAAGGCGGCUUCAGACUGGAGAGCAACAAGAUCGUCAUCCCACAGAACGGCCUCUUCUUCGUCUACAGCCAGGCGUCGUUCAGAGUCUCGUGCAACGAUGGCGAUGAGGAUCGAGGGGCGGGAAAACGCCUUACACCGCUCAGCCACAGGAUCUGGCGCUACUCGGACUCCAUUGGCAGCAAUGUGUCUCUGAUGAGCGCGGUGAGGUCGGCGUGCCAGAACACGGCUCAGGAGGAUGGGUCCAGCUCAGGACAGGGCUGGUACAACGCAGUUUAUCUGGGCGCCGUGUUUCAGCUGAACCAAGGAGACAGACUGUGGACGGAAACCAACCAGCUAUCAGAGCUGGAGACCGACGAGGGGAAGACCUUCUUUGGUGUGUUCGCACUUUGAAAAAGAAAGACAAAAAAACUCUUUAUUGCACCAUACAUUUAGCUUUUAUGUCGUUUGGUGGGAAUUGUUUGAAUUGUAUUCAUCCUCAUGGGGAUGGAGAAAGAUUUAAAUCCCAAUGGAGAUAAUGCUCUUAGCCUAACAGGCCUUUUAAAAAAAAAAGAAGUCCUAUAAACUGUAACAGUUUGCACCAUUAUUUCCUACUUUAGGCACUUUUUUUGUACAUUAUUUAUGCUGACCUGAGAUUGUAGUAAGCCGGACUUUCUCUGCCGUAACAGAUGACGACACAUCUCUGCACAAGAGAGUUUAAGGUACAAGGACUGUGUACAGAUCUGCUAUCUUGUAUUUUUGAAAGCUGUAUGUAUUUAUUUUUAUUUAUUUUUAUUUAAACUGUUAGGAUGAGGUGUUUAGGAUUGUAUUUAUAUAUUCUAUGUGCACAUAAACUAAAUAA